AUGCGCAAGUUCAAUCCGUCGUGGCAACACAUAUUUCCAUGGGUUAAACUAGUGAGCAAAAAGAUGUUUUGUGAUGUUUGCAUGAACAAUCAACAUGCAGAUAAAACGAGCACGUUUGUAAAGGGCUCUGAUAAUUUUCAUGUCAAGUCAUUGUGCAAGCAUGUCUUGAGUAAGGGUCAUAUCAAAUGUGUAGCAAAUGCUAAAGCUCGUUCAGCACCACCAGGCACAAAUCCUGCCAAAAAAGCAUUGCAAGUGCUACAUGAAACGGAGUUUGAGAAAAUGUAUGUGCUGUUUCGAGUUUCACACUCUUCGGCAAGAAAGGAAGACCAUUUUCAGACUACGAAUGGUUCGUCGAUCUCCACAAAAUCACACAUAAUGUGAACCUCUGAAUGUCUUAUAUUGUGGAAGCAGAGCAUCUUAACCUUGCCUCAGAAUUAUCUGCUGCUCCUUCUCACAGUGUCAUGACAGAUGGUACAACUGACUUGUCUGUUUGCGAAGCAGAAAUGUUUGUGCGAUAUUGUAAUAAAGGGAAGUUGUCCAAUCGAUUUUUGGCACUUCGUAAUCUAGACUGAGCCAAUGCAGAGAACAUCGCCAAAGUGGUUGAAGAUAGCUUGACGAAAGUUGGCGGUAUUCCUGAUGAAGAUCUAUAUAACAAGGUUGUCGGUUACAGUGCAGACGGGGCAAGCGUGAGUAUGGGAUGUCAUUCUGAUGUUGGUAAAUGUCUAACGAACAAACAGCCCCUGCUCAACAUAUCACAGCCACUGAUCACUGUAUGCCCAUCGCUUAGAACUGGCAUUUAAAGAUAUUUUAAAGAAAGGUGAGAAUCAGUUGCAAGUAGUGAACUUUCUAAACAAUAUAUACACGUUCUACCACACAAGUUCUCUGAACAGGAGUAUGCUCAGGGUAAGCUCAGUUGCUCUGGGCAUGAAAGGCAUUCCAACCCGAGUUGGCAGUACACGUUGGAUACCACACACAUACACUGCCGUUCAAAACAUGUGGUCGUUGUAUCCAGCUUUGCUACAGCACUUUGGCGAGGUAUGUAACAUUUAAUGAUCUAAGCAUUUUAUUCUAAGGUGAUCUUGAAUAGUUACUGUAUUUCAUUUUAUAAUAUUUUUGUGUUAAUAUUAUAAUUAAAUUAUUAUAUUUUAGCUUCAGGUUAACCCUCAUUCCGCUGAUGGAUCUGCAAAAGCUCAGGGCUUUUUGUGCCUAAUGAAGAAGGUGGUAUUUCAUAAAGAACACUACAAUGACAACAGAUAUGUUGUCAUAUUUGAAGAAGUUGUCUCUGUUUUUUCAAAAACCAGACAUCAAUGUGGCUAA